GUUGAAUUAAGACCAUGAUCCUUUUUGGAAAUCAUUCUAAAAUGAAACUAGUCACAAUAAACAUGAAAUAAAAAGCAUGAUGUAGUAGUGACCCAAAAGGGAUGUGAAGUCUUCUCCAGGACAUGCAGAGACCUGUGGAUGAGCUCUUUCUAGAUUGUGCUCCAGCUUUUCUGAGACCUUUGGGUGUUCCUGAUAAUAAUGGCACAAACUGAAGCAUGCAAAUAAAUCAUGAGUGGAUUCCUCCCAGAGUAUGUCACUGCCUAUCUGGAUGCCAGUAGAAUCUCAGAUUCUAGAUCUUACACUGAAUAGAGAAUCGGUCUAUACAUUCCCUAGACAAACGUCUGCAAUAGUAUGGCACACGGGUCAAGAGUGCGGUCCAGAGCUUGAUCAUCUGGGUUGAAGCCCUGGCUCUACCACCAUUAGCUGUGUGUAGCAAAUCACUACACCUCUGUGACUCACUUUCUUCAUCUGUAAAAUGGGGAGAAUAAUAGGAUCUAUCCCAAAGGUUUACUGGGAGGCUUAAGCUAAUUAAUCCUUAACGACCACUUAGAACUGCUGAAACACAACAAGCCACCAUUAAAUAUCUCUUCAUGUUGAUAGCCACAUACCAAUUCAUUGCUUCUGAAUCCUGCACCAAACUACUGACUGCACACAUUAAAAUCUGUGUCAGAAUGAGCAAGAGGCACAUCAACGUGGGUCAGCAAAUGUGGGCCCUUCUCUACAAGAACUUUCUUUAAAAACGGAGGAUGAAAUGAGAGACGUUGUUGGUAUGGUUCAGUCUAUGUCUUGUCAUAUUUGGAAGAGAAAAAAGUAUUUUCUCAGGCAGUGCAAAUACUUUACCUUCAUUAUUUAAUAUUUAGCAUAUAUUCUGUUCUAACUGGCAGGCUGGGUUUUUUUAACCCCCAAACUCUGGACUUCACUAUUAUUUCAAGGUAAGAUCCUGUAAAAUAGAUCAAUAUUAUAAGCCUUCCCAAAGGCAUUAUUAAAAGAAUUCACAUUCAGAAACUCCCAGAAAAAUAAAGCCACAUCUCUAUGCUGCAGAGAUAACAAUUCUUAACAUCCAAAUUCAUUUGAAACUCAUGAAGGAAUAGGUCCAGAAGUUCAGGGUCAAAGUCCAAGAAAGAGGCAGGAUUUAAUCCAGAAUUAAUUCAGGAAGUAAUCAAAAUUUUUUAAAAUUCAAAAGCCAAACUGUAGCACGUCCACCCACUUGUACUACAGAUACAAUGUCCGUUUUAAAGAGAUAAUGGGCAUGUAACCAAACAGAAAAAGAAAAAGGCAUUUUGAACCUUUGCUUCUGUUAAGAUAGUACUUGUUUCUUAUGAUCAUAAAAAUGAUUAGAUGUGCUUUGUGUAGGAAACUCAGUAAAUUAAAAGUGAAUAAAUAAAUAAGUUGAAGUCGCUCAUAAGAUACCUAUAGUUCAAGGGCUAUGUGAACAUUUGAUCUUAGGGACAUUGUAUGCAUGUGUUCUCUCAGCAAAUAUGUAGUGAAUGCUUGGAUUGGCAAUGAAUAAAGUAUACAAAAGUCUUUGCAAGAACUAAGGAUUAUAUAAAUAUAAAUUAAAAUGUUGGAUUAUAUAUUAUAUAAAUGUUUUACUUCCAAUCUUUUAACUCUUUUUUAUAUAAGCAGUGUACCUGUCAAUUCAUCUCUCCAGGUAGGUGGUAUAGACAUAGCCACCCAACACACAUAGCUAAAAUAAGAUCAUAUGAUGAAUAAGAUACAUACUUCUCUUAAAGGCCAUGUGUUUAGAAUUAAAACUAAAUAAUGAGGCAUGUUCUUAUCACUGAAGUUGAAAUGCAUUCUAAUUCCAGAAUGUUGUCACAAUGACAAAGACUGAAAAUUCUUUUCAUGAAUAAUAUUCUGGGACUAUCAUCUUCCACAUGCAGGCAACAAAAGAUAAAAUACGACCUUGUUCCUGUUGAUGGAAAAUGGUUGUCUAUUUCAUGCCACCUAACAUUUCUUUAUCAUUGUCACUCAAAUUUUAAGAUAACUCUAAACCAUUGGGCCUUUCAUGAAGCAAACCAAUCUUAACACUUACACCGAAGUAUGAUGAACUUAGAUUCUCAACUGGAAUUGGAAUUGAUGCUACAAUUCAGUCUUGAUGCAUGAUGUGCAUAUUUCAAAACAUGUAAAAGACAAAAGAAAAUCAAGAUAUUUAAACUGGGAGAGAGGGAAAAAUGGAAUCCAGACUACAUAGCAGAAUUAAGUUUUUAAAUUUCUGGUGGGUGAUUAAUUUGUGGUUCAACAGAUAUUGAUUUGCUUCAUUUCUCUCUCAUUGCUGUGUAGGAAUGGUUUUUCUCAUGUCUUCUAAUAUUGUUUACAUCCCAAUUUUCCUUCAAUUUACACCAAGUUAAUGACUUUUUCAAUUGUCUGCAGUAGAUCUGAGAUGUGUAGGUAAUUGUAAUGAUUCUAAUUAUAUUAUUGCAUUUGCACCUGAUUCCAAAACAACCUGGGAGAUCAUGAACAAAGUGGCUUCAGCCCCAUUCAUGAGAGGUGCAGUGAGAGUCAUCUUUAAGGACACCUUUGCAUAUCGUUUGAAGUUUUCCUGGGGAGGUAGAGUGUCCAGGAUGAAGGAACACAGAGACCAUUCAGCUCAUUGUCAAGCAAUAGGUGACAAACUCACGUGUGAAGCUUCACUCUUCUGGGAGAAGGGCUUUGUGGCUUUUCAAGCUGUCAUUAAUGCUGCUCUCAUAGAAGCUCUCACGGGGCUUGAUGCAUGCUGCCUCCAUCUUUCUUGUGGCUGCUUUGAUGGCUCUUACUGUGAAAUCUGCCCAACUUGUCGUCCUCAUGGGCUUCGUGGUGGUCUUCACCCUCUUUCUCCUCUAUGGCCUGUCUUCAUAUUUGAGUAGUUGCAUGAGAUGGUAUCUAGGCAUGGGGGAAUGGAUGAAAUAUACUUCAGUAUUAUGAAAUUCUUUCGGAGUGGACCUUAUGUCUCCUCAGCCCCUUUGCUUUCACUGCUGGAAUGGCCCAGUUAAGAAUUAAUAUACCUAUUUCAUUUUUUACAAAACAUUUCAAACCAAGGCCCUCUGAAUAAUUCAUGCUACAGGUUCAAAGCAUUAAAAUUCCUGACCACUUUUGUAAAAAAAAACAGAAGAGAGAGGUUUUUAUUUUUCUCUUUUCUCUCUCAGCAUGAUCAGUUUUCUUUUAAGUCACUAAAUACAGGCUGAUCCUCCAUUAUUGAUGUGGUUCAGCUUUUGCUUUUAGUGACUUGUACCCAUGAACAUUUAUCUAAUUUGAUGCCCAAGAAACAUGAUCUUUAAUAUUAUUGCAAGUAUUUGAAAACCAGGAAUUCAAUAGAAAUAAAUUUUUAUUUUUAGUUGUCUAAUUAUAUACGAAGCUGAACCUCUACUCAGAAAAUUUAAGUCUAAUUCCACCCAUCCUAUAUCCUAUGAAAUCCUAUAGACAGCCGAGCUCAAACAUCACCGUCCUUGAGUUUUUAUCACCUGAAGGACUUGCUUCCUGCUGUCUGUGGACCUCUAAGCCCUUAGUGCCAACCUCCUCUAAUGCCCAAAUUCCUUUGUAGUUAGAUGGUUUUAUCGCUGUGGCUUCCAAUAGAUUAGAGCCCUGUAAAGUCAGGGAUUAUGUUUCAUUUGUCUUUUCAACCCCAGUGUCUAGCAGAAAUAAGACAAUAAUGAUUCUUAAUGCUCUAUCCUUUUUAAAUUCAAUGUAUGGAUCUUUUUCUUUUCAGCUUAUACUUUUGGACUAUGAUGUGAAUUCUACCAUUUGGAUUCUUCAAACAGCCCAUACCUAUUAAUAGCCCCCCUAUUCAUGUUGGUUUUUGAUACGCUUCUCUAUUUGGUAUUGACAUCAUAUUUUGACAAAAUUUUACCCAGUAAGUAGGAACAUGAUUGUGAGUCAGUGUAUUUCAUUCAUUGCAUUUCUUUAAAAAAAAAAUCUCUACAAAUUGAAUAUAUAUUCUCAAGCAUCCUCACCCACCCCAGUUUCUAAAAUAAGCAUAACAAUAUUCUACACAUUGUUUACAGAGUCACUUUCUAAGAUCUUGUUCUUUUAUAACACUUUAGAUUGUGUCUUCUUUAAGAAGAGACACUUAUAAAGGAGUGAGAAUAAUUAUACUGAUAAUGCUUAUAUCAGAACUGGAUGAAGAAAACUUGUGCUUAAUACUGGAUCUUAGGAAUUUCUAAGUGCUCCCCAAAAAGGUUACACUGACAUGCUGUCCUACAGUGCUUGUAAUCCUUAAUGUGGUGACUGACCCAAUAUUCAAUUGCUUCCUGAUCAUGUAGCUGAAUAUGGACAUCAAUGUUCUCCCUGGUUUUUCCUGAAACUCUCCUUUUGUUCUCAACACCAAAGUGUGGAUCAUGUGGCCCUUGAGAAUGAAAUAGAUUCAGAUUCUUCAUCUAAUGACUCUUUUGAACCAGUGUCUCCAUAAUUCCAGGGGAAAGAAGCCAUCAGGGUCGAGUAUUGAUCACUUUAUGCAUUCACUGAGGCGACAGAACAUAGCUUUGGAAGUGGACCUCGGGUCUAGAAAUGGCCCAAACGAGCCAUCCUACAAUGGCGCCAUCACCGUGUCCCAGGGUGACAAGGAUCACAAGUUAUUGAUGGCAUGUAAUCAAAGGCUGAAUUGCUUUCCUGUCCUCAUGGAUAUCAUUAGCAAUGGGCUACUUGGCAUUUUUAAUUCUUCAGAACAUAUUCAGACUGACAGAAGCACAAAUUUUGAAGAGCAUAGGUCUUACGAGCCUGGGAGCCUGAGUAUCACCUUCUUCUGGACUCCUGUGGCAGCCUGUUUUGCUCCUUACAUCGCAAUGAACAGCAUUGGUGACUAUAAAAAAAAAGUUCUCUCCCAGCUUUGGAUUUCAGGCCUCUAUCCUUCUGCUCACUGAUUUGGGCAGGUGCUGGUAGAUAUCCCACUGUACUUUUUCAUUUUCCUCCUAAUGCAAAUGAUGGAUUACAUUUUUAGCCCAGAAGAGAUUAUGUUCAUAAUUAAAAGCCAAUUAGUUCAGAUCCUGUGUAGUAGUGGAUAUGUCUCAUCUCUUGGUGUAUUGACAUAUGUGCUAUCAUUCAUUUUUCACAAUGGAAGAAAAAACAGUGGUAUUUGGUCAUUUUUAUUCUUAUAAAUUACCGUCUUCUCCACAGUUGCAAUCGAUAUAAGUGAAUACAGAUUUCUAGGGCUAUUUCUCUGCCCCAUAUUAACUCCUCCCUUCACACUGAUUAGCUCUCUAUGCAUUUAUUCUGAGAUUUCUCAAACUAUGGAAUACUUAGGAACUUCAGAGGAUCAACUUGUGUUCCUGGCAUUGCUAAUAACUUACCUUCAUUUUCUCAUUUUCCUUUUUGUUCUAUGAUGUCUGGAAAGGAACUUUAGGAGGAAAUCAAUGAGAAAAAACUCUGUGUUCAGAAUUUCUCCAAGAAACAGUUAUGAUUUUCCAAACCCAGAAGAACCUGAAGGAGAGGAAGAAGAUGUUCAGGUGGACCGAAUGAGGACAUCAAGUGCUCUGACUGUUCCAGACACUGAUGAGAAACCAGUCAUCAUUGCCAGCUGUCUAUGGAAGGAAUAUGCAGGCAAAAGGAAAAAUUGCUUUGCCAAGAGGAAGAAAAAAGUGGUCACAAGAAACGUCUCUUUCUGUGUUAAAAAAGGUGAAGUUAUAGGUCUCUUAGGGCAUAACGGAGCUGGUAAAAGUACAAUUUUUAAGAUGAUAACCAGAGACACAAAUCCAACAGCAGCUCAGGUGAUUUUGAAUGGGAGCCACGGAGGGGAUGCUCUCGGGUUCCUGGGCUGCUGUCCUCAGGAGAACACGCUGUGGCCCAGCCUGCCCGUGCAGGUGCACCUGGAGGUGUUCACCACCGUGAAGGGGCUGAGGAAGGCAGCUGCCACAGCCGCCAUCGCACGCUUGGUGGAUGCGCUCAAGCUGCAGGACCAGCUGAAGCUUCCCAUGAAGGCCUUAUUGGAGGGAAUAAAGAGGAAGCUGUGCUUUGCACUGAGCAACCUGGGAAACCUGUCGGUGGUUCUCCUGGACAAGCCAUCCAUGAGCAUAGACCCCGAGGGGCGGCAGCAGACGUGGUGAGGGGAUCAGGCAAUGCAGGCCACCUUCAGAAACAUGGAGAAGGGCACCCUCCUGACCACUCAUUACAUGGCAGAGGCUGAGGCCAUGUGUGACUGCGUGGCCAUCCUGGUGUCUGGAAGGCUGAGGUGUAUCGGUUCCAUCCAAUAUCUGAAAAGCAAAUUUGGCAAAGGUUACCUGCUGGAGAUGAAGGUGAAGCGCCCUGCCCAAGUGGAGUCGCUCCACGGGGAAAUGCUGAGGCUGUUCCUGUUCCCCCAGGCUGCGUGCCAGGAGAGGUACUCCUCCCUGAUGGUCUACAAGUUGCCUGUGGAGGACGUGAGACCCUUGUCUCAGGCCUUCUUCAAACUAAAGAUUGUUAAACAGAGCUUCGACCUGGAGGAGUACAGCCUCUCGCAGUCCGCCCUGGAGCAAGUUUUUCUGGAGCUCUCCAAAGAGCAGGAGCUGGAGGACUUUGAUGAGAAAACUGAUCUCUCAGUGAAAUGGAAGCUCCUCCCACAGGAAGAGCCUUGAACCCCCAAAUACCCCAUGUUUCUCCUUAAGCUUGUGACUUUUUAAGACAGUUUUUUAUGUCAUUAAUAUACUUUACCUCAGAUAUGGCACAAAAUACUCUGGAAACUCUUGUCUUCGUUUUUGUCAAUAUUAUUACUCCAGAGUAAAUAUAAGUAAGCGUAAGUGGGACUACAGAGUAAGGUCAGUAAGAACUUGAUGUAGCCAGGCCACACACUUUCUGUCUCUGCAGCUAAAUCCCACAUUUCAUACAGUAGUAAAUUUAAAAACUCAUUUAUUAUAGAAUUGUUGAUGCUUCUGAAGAUUAUACAGAGAUUAUUUUAUUUUCUUUCUCUGGACUUCAAAAUAUUGGAUCUUUUCUUAUCUUUGUGAGUUAGGAAGUACAAAGACCUAAUGCUGAUUUUAGAGGAAAAGGCGCUAAUUGAUUAUGCCACAGUAUAGUAUUUGCUCUCUGUCAUUCAGUUUUUUUUCUUACUCUUAAUUCACUGAUUUUCCUUUUUGGUUAUUUUUCAAAUGUUAGACUGUAAGUCCAUGCUUUGUUGUGACUAUGAAGGAAAUUUGAAAUCUCUUAACUUCAGUAAAAUUUUUGAAAGAUCAAGUUGAUAAGAGUUUUCAAACACAUUAUUUUACAUGCAAUUUUGAAACAUAUUUCUGAUUUUAUAUGUUUUCUUAUGACACAAGGGUCUACCCUUACACAAAGUGCUACAACUUCAUAGAUCUUAAUUUCUCAUGCUUAUGUAUGUUAUGACCUAUCCAACUGGUGACCCUAUAACACCUUAAAAUCAAUGUAAUAUGCUUGUAUACUCUUAUUUAGGUGAGUUUGUAUUGUUGUUGUUGUUGUUGAUAUGAUUAUUAUUGCUUGCUGUUAGGGGCUGGAUUGUGUUCACCCCAAUUCUUAUGUUGAAGCCUUAAAUUCCAGUGUGGCUGUGUUUGGAGGUAGGGCCUUUAAGGAGAUAAUUAAGGUUAAGUGAGGUCGUAAGGGUGGGACCUCAAUCCAAUAACAUGAGUGUCUUUCUAAGAAGAGGAGACACCUAUCUCUCUGUGCACUAACAGGGGAAAGAUCAUGUGAGGAAGACAUGCAAGAAGGUGGCUGUCUGCAAACCAGGAAGAGAGACCUCACCAGAAACUGAAUUUCUUGGCACCUUGAUCUUGGACUUUUCGCCUCCAGAACGGUAAGAAAAUACAUGUCUGCAGUUUAAGCCACCCAGCCUGUAUUUUGUUAUGGCAGCCCAAGCAGGCUAAUACACAAGCUAAUCAAACAUUGGAAGGAAAUUGUGUGAGGGGCCUUUACUUGGAUUCUAGCUGUGUCUUGUAUCCUCUUAGCUUAUGGAAAUAAAGCACUGCCCUCAGCACAUGAGAAUCCUCAUAUGACA